GGCGCGCCGCUGCCGCCGGGGCUGAGCGGGGGCCGGGGCGUCUUACCGGGGCUUCUCCUGCCCCGGCGGGGGACCCGCACAAGGAUCACAGGCACCCCCGGUUCCCUGAGGGGCAGUGGCUGUUGGACCGAGGGAGAGGGCUGCGGGCGGGCUUGUUGCCCCCGGUGCUGGCACUCAGUUUACGGGGUGGCUGCAGACCGCCUGUUGCUUCGGGGGUGCUCGGGCAGGUCCCUGGGCCGUGCCGGGGUGCUGGGAGCGGCUGUGCCGCAUCGAUGCUGGAGUAGCAUCGACACCCGAACUUCUCCUUGUGGGGAAGCGAGCGCAAGGACAGCCCUUCAGAAACAACGUGAUGGGCUGGGAUGGAGGAGCAGGACUGAUUUCAGUUUGUUGAAGGGGUACUAAGCUUCUAUAUGAUAGAGGGACAGGCAUGAUGAAAUCCCACAAUGCUGUUUUGAGAGGAUGAGGUGAAGAGGGAGAAAGGGCAAUAAAAAAUGGCCAAGCAAACAGCCGUGACGAUUACUUUGGCGACCCUGCUGGGUGUUGCACUGGGGGGCCUGGUUUUGUGGAAAGCGACCCAGCAUCGGAAAGGAAAAACACGCUGUAGCAGUCAGCAAGAGGAAGCAGCAGGAAAGUCAGGAGAUGAGAAACUCAUUAAAGCAGAGGAUAAGAAGGUGCUUUCCUUCUUCAGAUCUCCCACCUUUUGCUGGAUAGAGAAGACCCUUGGUGCAGACAUAGUGAUAGUUUCAGAGCAGGAGGAGUGGGACCAUGCUGAACCAUUGCUGAAGAAGGAGCUGGAGAAGUGGCCGGUUCUUGGAAUUGAUUGUGAAUGGGUAUCUGUGGAGGGAAAAGCAAAUCCUGUAUCCCUGUUGCAGAUGGCUUCUUCCAGUGGCCUCUGCAUUCUUGUUCGGUUGCCCAGGCUUGUUGCCGGUGGCCAGACUCUUCCAAAGACCCUGGUGGACAUCAUGGCAGAUAGUGCUGUGUUGAAAGUUGGGGUAGGAUGCUGGGAAGAUGCUUGCAAAUUGCUUCAUGAUUAUGGUCUUCCAGUCAAAGGGAGCAUGGAUCUCCGGUAUUUAGCCAUGAGGCAGCGGAAGGAUCUACUUCACAACUGCCUUAGCCUUAAGUCUUUAGCUGAAAAAGUCCUGAACUUCCCACUUGAUAAAUCUCCUCAUGUGCGUUGCAGCAACUGGGAAGCAGAAGAACUGACACAAGAUCAGGUUCUCUAUGCUGCUAGGGAUGCCCAGGUCUCAGUGGCUCUGUUCUUCCGUUUGCUGGGAUUUACCAGCCACCCUGCUACAUCUGAAGGUGAAAACUCUGUCAAUGCUUGGGAGAAAGCCCGGGGUAAAUGCCAGGGCUUGGUGGAUAUCCCAUUUAGAGGAAAAAAGAGUGGCAGCACAGGAGAGGAGAAGAGUGGAGAGGGACGUUCCCCUCAGAAAGCAAAGAAUCGGAAGUCUUGGAUGAACGGCCAGCCCUCUGGCAAUCAGCAAAUGAGAGAUCCACGGAGGCAGAAGCGAAAGCCUCUGGGUGUGGGAUAUUCUGCAAGAAAAUCUCCACUGUAUGACAACUGCUUCCUGCAUGCUCCAGAUGGACAGCCCCUGUGCACUUGUGAUCGCAAGAAGGCUCAGUGGUAUUUGGACAAGGGGAUUGGAGAGCUAGUUAGCACAGACCCUUUUGUUGUGAAGCUGCGUUUUGAGCCUUCAGGACGUCCCGAGUCCCAGGUUGAUUAUUAUCUGACAGUCAAAGAAAACCUCUGUGUUGUGUGUGGCAAGCGAGAAUCCUAUAUCCGGAAGAAUGUUGUUCCUCAUGAAUACCGAAGACACUUCCCCAUCCAGAUGAAGGACCACAACUCACACGAUGUGCUCCUCCUCUGCACAUCCUGCCAUGCCAUCUCCAAUUACUAUGACAACCACCUGAAGCAGCAGCUGGCCCAGGAGUUCGGGGCUCCCAUCGGCUCUGAGGAAGGCGUGCGUCUCCUGGAGGACCCUCUGCGCAGGCAAGUGCGCUCGGGGGCGCGCGCCCUGCUGAAUGCAGACAGCCUGCCUGAGCCCCGCAGGGCAGAGCUGCUGCAAGGCAUCAAGGACUUCUAUAACACAGACAGUGUCACUCCAGAGAUGCUCCAGGCAGCAGCUGAUCUGGAAACCAGGAUCUGCAAUGAGAGCUACGUGCCACAUGGACUGAAGGUGGUGCAGUGUUGUGCUAAAGGAGGCCUGCGCUCUCUCAUGCAGCUGGAAAGACGCUGGCGGCAGCAUUUCUUGGACAGCAUGAAGCCCAAACACCUCCCAGAGCAAUGGUCAGUGGACCAUAACCAUGUGAAGUUGAUCCAAAAGUAUGGGGAGGAUCUUCAGAUCAAGCUGUCAUGAAACUAACUUCCUGGACUCUGGAUAGUGUCUAACGGACAUAUGUAACUGAAGAUGGAAAGACUAUUUUUAUUUCUACAUCUCCACUAACACCUGGGGCCUGGGUUUGCAAAAAGGCAGCAGUAGAUCUGCCAGAUUUGCCAGUUAAAAUUAAAUUUGGUGGUUUGUAGAGUUAAAUCUUUGAACUUUCAGGUAGUUUGGAAGUUUAAUCCUACUUGGUCACUUACUAGUUCAGGGCAAGAGUGAUAUGAUAAAGGAACUUGUCUUCUCAAAGUGACUAUGAAGAAUCAUUUUCUUGCUCCCAGGAUGUCUGAUGCCUCCAGACCAUUUCUCAUAUAAAGUAAGUUCUUUAGUAAAGUAAGAGAAAGGCAACAAAAGCACAAUAGAUUAAUGUUUCUGGAUUUUUCUGACAUACAUUUGUGCCCUUAGCUUUACCUUGAGGCCAGCAGGAGCAGGGAGGUCAUCCUUCCCCUGUGCUUGGCACUGGUGAGGCACCUUGAGUUUUGUGUCCAGUUCUGGGCCCCUCAGUUUGGGAAGGACAUUGAGAUGCUUGAGCACAUCCAGGGGAGGACAAUGGGGCUGGUGAGGGGCUUGGAACACAAGCCCUGUGAGAAACAACUGAGAGAGCUGGGGGUGCUUAGCCUGGAGAAAAGGAGGCUCAGAAGUGACCUUAUCACUCUCUAGAGCUCCCUGAAAGGUGGUUGUAGUCUGGUGGAGGUUGGUCUCCAGGCAGGAACUGACAGAACCAGAGGUCACAGUCCCAAGCUGCGCCAAGGGAAAUGUAGGUUGGGUAUUAGGAAAACGUUUUUUACAUAAAGGGUCAUAAAGUAUUGAAAUAGUUUGCCUGGGGUGGUAGUGGAGUUACCAUCCCUGGAUAUGUUUAAAAAAAGACUGGAUGUGGCACUCAGUGCCAUGGUCUAGUUGAGGUGUUAGGGCCAGGUUGGAUUUGAUGAUCUUGAAGGUCUCUUCCAGCCUAGUGAUUUGGUGAGGGUCUUCUUGGUAAAAAUCUUUCUUUGCUUUCAGUGCAGUUGUGUUCAUAAGAGUUCUUUCUAGAGAAGACUCCUUGCCAGAGAGAGAUUCCUUGUAGGGAGGAAGCAAAGAAACCUUACUUUUUGCAGAUUCUGAGCUGUCCCAGCAUUGCAGAUAGGCCUCAGCAAGUUUCCAGAUGGCAAGUGCCUGAUGAGAAGUGACACUCUGGCAGUAUGAAAAUACCCAUGACAAGUCUUUUGUUAAACAGCUUCCAGUAACACAGAGUUUAUAAAAAAUGUUUUUCCUAAUUCUGCUUGUUUGUUGUGAGCAGUGUGCUCAGGCAUGCAGGGCUGUUACAGAGACAGGGUGGCAUAACUCCUGUGGCUGGAAUAUUGGAAUGGGAGGAUGGAGAGCCUUUAGGAAGAGCAGGCACUGGAGGCAAGGAGGAGGUGUCACCUUCUAUGUCAGUGAUUGGUUGGAGAGCAUGGAGCUCCAUCCCGAGUGCAUGGAGCUCAGCCUAGGAGUGGAUGAGGAGCCCAUCAAGAGCUUAUGGGUCAGGAUUAAAGGGAGGGCAGGGACAGGUGACAGAGGGGAUCUGCUACACACAACCGAGCCAGGAAGACAGUAGAUGAAGCCCUCAGCCUUGUGCUCACAAGGCCUAGUCUUCAUGGGGGACUUCAGCCACCUCAUAUCUGUUGAAGAGGCAGCACAGCAGAGCAUAAGCAAUUCAGAAGGUUCCUGGAAUGCAUUGAUUACUUUUCCAGAAAGCCAACUGCAUCAUGGGCUACAUCAAAAGAGGCAUGACCAGCAGGACAAGGGAGGUGAUUCUUCCCCUCUAUUCUGCUCUUGUGAGACCACCUGGAGUAUUGUGUCCAGCUCUGUGGCCCCCAGCAUAAUAGAGCAAGUCCAGAGGAGGACUACAAAGAUUGUCAGAUGGCUGGAGCACCUCUCCUAUGACUUUUUACAAGAGUGUGUAGUGAUAGAACAAGGGUUAAGGUCUUUAAACUGGAAGACGCUAUGUUUAAAUUAGAUAUUGGGAAGAAAUUCCUUACUGUGAGGGUGGUGAGGCACUGGAACAGCUUGCCAUAGAAACUGUGAAUGCCUAUCCCUGAAAGUGUUCAAAGCCAGGUUGGAUGGAGCUAUGAGCAACCUGGUCUAGUGGAAGGUGUCCCAGUCCAUGGCAGGGAUGUUGGAACUGGAUGUUCUUUAGAGUCCCUUCCAACCCAAAUGAUUCAGUGAUUCUUUGAAUAGCACUUGGUGAGUACCUUUUCAUAUCAGCCUGAAAUAAGUACAGGUGUCUUAAAAGGGAUGAGAGGAAACCAUUUAAAUUAAAGACCAGGAGCUUUUAAGAGAUCUGACCACACAUGGCAAAAAAUGGAAAAUCUGAUGUUCUCUACCUGGAUUUGACAUGUGUGAUGGUGAGCAGGUUAUACUCUCUUCAUGCCUGUUUGUCUGUCUCUAAAAUGGGACUAAUAAUACUUAACUAUCUCACAAGGGUGUUGUGAGGCUUAAUUAAUUCACGUUUUUGUAAAAUGCUUUGAAAAUAUAAGCUAGUGUGUGCUAAUUAUUGUUUUUUAAGGUGUGCUGCUGUCUAACUUCCUUAAAUAUUCAUGGUUUUUGUCUGGUGCUAGACCUUAGUUAAAAAUAACUUUUUAAAAAUACACACUUCUUUCUGUACAAUCCCUUUUGAUGAUUUUGAUUGCAUGAGAUGAGUGUGCUUCUACUGAAUGAUGAAGCUAUGCUCAACUUUUAUAUGCCUCUGCAAAGAAGUUUCAGUAAAACCCUUAUCUUCACACUGC